AUGGCCCAAUCUGUCACGACUAGUGUGGCCUCGUGCGCACCACGCCGCUAUAACCCGCUCAUCAACCCAACCCAUUCAAGGCCGGCCUUGGUGGAAGAACAUAUCGAGGAUCAACAUCACAUCCUAUUUUCCCGCCCUAUACUGGGUGCUUUACUUUUCGAGAAUACUACUUCCGAUGCUCGUGACCACUGCGCCAAUGAGCGCACAUUCCUCUCCUGGCUACGCUUGUCCAUGUACUUGGCUAUUGUCUCGCUAGCCAUCAUCAUCUCCUUCCAUUUUCGAGAGCAGCCCUCAGGUCUGGAGCGGCGUAUGGCCCUACCUCUCGGUAUCGUCUUCUGGCUGUUGAGUCUGACGUGUCUGGCAAAUGGAUUUUUCAAUUACGCCCGUACCGUUAUGAAAUAUAGCCGGAAGGCGGCGCUGGUUCAGAGUGGCUGGAAAACCCAGGUCGUCAUGACCAUCAUCGGGACGGUAAUUCUGGGGAGCUGCAUCUUGUUUUUAUCGACUGGUCGCCAGUCGUAA